AUGAGAAACCAUUCCUCUGUCACAAUGUUCAUCUUGCUGGGACUGACAAAUGACCCACAGCUAGAGAUUCUGAUUUUUGUCUUUCUGCUUAUCACUUAUUUGUCCAGUAUCAUUGGGAAUCUGACCAUAAUAGUUCUCAUCCUGAUGGAUCCUCACUUAAAAACAGCUAUGUACUUUUUUCUUCAAAAUUUCUCUUUCUUGGAAAUCUCAUUCACGACUGCCUGUGUUCCCGCAUACCUGUACAUGAUAUCAAGUGGAGACAAAACCAUCUCCAUUGGAGCUUGCUUCGGUCAAAUCUUUUUCAUUGUCCUCUUUGGUGCUACAGAUUUUUUCCUCUUGGCUGUGAUGUCCUAUGACCGCUAUGUGGCCAUCUGCAAACCCCUGCAUUAUGUAACCAUCAUGAACAGCAGAGUCUGCAGGAUUCUCAUCAUCAACUGUUGGGUAUCUGGCUUAUUGAUUAUUUCUCCACCCCUUAGCUUGGGCCUACGUCUGGAGUUCUGUGGUUCUGUUAUUGAUCAUUAUUACUGUGAUGCUUCUCCAAUACUCAAUAACUCUUGCUCAGAUACUUGGUUCAUAGAGCAGCUGAUUGUUGCCUGUGCUGUGCUGACUUUAAUCCUGACCCUUGUGGGUGUGGCUGUAUCCUACAUCUGCAUCAUCAGGAUGAUCCUCAGACUGCCCUCUGUCCAGCAAAGGAAGAAAGCUUUCUCCACCUGUUCCUCUCACUUGAUUGUGGUUUCCCUCAGCUAUGGCAGUGCCAUUUUUGUCUAUGUCCAACCCUCAGCUAAGAAUAAAGCGGCCAUGGAUAAGGUGGUAUCUCUGCUUGCUACAUCUGUUGCCCCUUUGUUGAACCCCUUCAUUUAUACCCUGAGAAAUAAACAAGUCAGAGAAUCUUUUCAUAAUACUCUGAAAAGAUUCAUAUUUAUUUCAAAGAGGGGAUAA